AUGUCUGCGCCAUUCAUACCUAUGGUCCCGCCUCCCUUGCCGCCCAAUUGGACUGAACACAUCGGUCCUACAGGGCAGCCCUACUACUACAACUCCGUGACCCAAGAGUCGACAUAUGUUCGUCCUAUGCCAACAUUCCCCAUCCUCCCUCAAACUGCAAUGGCAGCUCCGGCUGUUCCGGCCAAGAAGAAGAAAGAGAAGCCUCUCAUCAAGACACCCAUCCCGAAUACGGAUUGGUUACGCGUCGUGACCACAGAGGGAAACGUGUUCUAUACGCACAAGGUCGAGAAGAGGAGUGUGUGGACAGUGCCGGAUGAGAUCCGCGAGGCCGUCCAGGCGUUGGAACGUGAGGAGGCUGAACGACGCAUCAGAGAAGAGCAGGAAGCGAAGGAGAAGGUGGAGAAGAAGGCCAGGAGUGCGCAGGAAGAACAAUUGAGAGAGGUCGAGAGGAUAAAGUCAGAGGUGGAGGAGAUGGUUGGGAAGCGGAAGGCGGAAGAAGCGGUCCCGCUCAACGAAGUGGUGAUCACGAAGAAGACAAAGAUGGAAGGAGCGGAUGAGGAAGAAGAAGAAGAGGAAGAGAGCGAAGAGGAAGAAGAAGAAGAGUGGCAGCGAGAAGCCGCUGCACAACUCGCUGCGGAGGCAGAGGAGGAGAAGAAGAAGCAGGAGGAAGCGAAGAAGUGGCAGGAGGAGCACGAGGAGGAGGAAGCAAAGAAAAUGAAGGAAGCCGAAAAGGCUAAGGGACAACCGCAGAUCAAAAUGCCCGAACGGGUUGACCUGUCUCUUGACGAAGCUAAGGCUCUGUUCAAAACCCUCCUGCGGGAGAAGGACAUCAACCCUCUUCACCCAUGGGACACUUCUCUCCCGCUAUUCAUAUCCGAUCCGCGCUAUGUCCUCCUGCCUUCGGUGUCGGCGAGGAAGGAGGCUUUUGAUGAAUACUGCCGCGAUCGCGCGCGCGAGCUCCGACAGUCCAACGUGAAGAAAGAGAAGGAGGUCGCAAAUCCCAAGGAGGAGUUCGAGCGCCUUUUGAGAGACGAGGUGAAAAGCACACGCAUGAGCUGGACAGAGUGGCGAAGGCAAUGGAAGAAGGACAGGCGGUUCUAUGGGUGGGGGCGGGAUGACAGAGAGCGGGAGAAACGCUUCAGGGAAUAUCUGAAAGAGCUAGGAGAAAAGAAGCGCGCUGCUGCUCAGAAUGCGGAGGCGGAAUUCUUCGCUCUUAUCAGAGAGACUGGUAUCGCGAAACUGGGCGCAGCGUGGAAAGAAGUGAAACGAAAGAUUGUUGAAGACGUGCGGUAUGGUGCUGUUGGUUCCUCGUCAUUGCGCGAGGAGCUCUUCAACACGUACUUGAAAGCUCACGGCGCAGAUGCAACGCCAGAGCCAAUUCCAAACAAGGAAGCUGACGAGUCGGUCCACAAUCUGUCCCAAGAUAGUCAUAUGCCAGAAGAAGAAGACGCAGAGCGUGAACGAAAGAAACGCGAGAGGAAAGAACGUGCUGUGCAGGAUCGAGAACAGAGGGUCAGGGCGGAGCGCAGCAAGGUGGAAGCCGACAUUGAUCGCUCAAGGAUGGGUUUGAACAAAGAGGAAGGCGAGCUGGAGUUCAGGACAAUGCUUGUCGAUGCAAUCAGAGACCCACAGAUGACCUGGGAUGCCGCGCUCCCACAACUUAGGACCGAUCCUCGUUUCACACUUUCACCUCUACCGCUGAACCAGCAAAUUCAUAUAUUCCACGCUCACGUUGCGGCAUUGCGAUCCAAGUACCUGGACAGCCUGCACGCCUUAUUCGCAUCGCAUUCUCCUUCACUCGCAUCGCCCUUCACGGAUCUCCCCGUCUCUUCCCUUGUCGCUUCGCAGCCUGCCACAAAGCUCGGCUUUGACGUCGAACAAAUCGAGCAGGAAUACGAUAAGUGGCAGCGGCAGCGGACGCACGAGGCGCGACUUGCAUUUGAUCAGAUGCUCAGCGAGAAUGCAUUUAUCGAGUUCUGGGGCCGGCUCGGCAAAAUUGGCGGCAAGGGUGUGGACGAGGGUAUUAAGGCGGAUGACCUCGGCGACAACGCGGAAGAGGAGCAGGUGGACAUGAAGGCUCUCGCGAAAAACGUAGAUCUGAACGAGAUAGUGAAGGUGCUAAAGAAUGACAAGCGGUAUUUGAUUUUUGACCACAUCCCAGAGGAGCGGGAACGGUGGCUGCGGGAUUAUCUGGCACAGCUGCCGCCGCCGAAGCUAUCAGUUCACGUUUCAUAG